AAACUACUACUACUGCCUACAAGAAAAUAUUUUGAAAAAGUUAAAUAAAUUUUAAAAUUAGUAAAAGAAAGGGCAAUUAAGUAUUUUGCCCAAAAAUUGUCAAAACACUAUGUUCCCAAAUAGUUUAAAAUUAUUAUGGGGUGCUUUACAAAAAUCGAGGUUUGAUAAUGCGGCGUGUAAUAUUCGUGGUGCAUCGCGGCAGCCUAGAUUUCGUCCACCGUAUUGGUAUGUCCCAAAAGAGAGAGUGUGGACAGAUGACUACCUAACUAAAGAAAAUAAACAAUUCUUGGAGGAAGUGAUAAAGGAUAAACUUGAGGCACAGACUGCAUUAGAAAAAAAAGCAUUGACCUCUCCCAUUUUAAACGAUGUCAAAAAAAAUGUAACAUGGACUCCUCAAACAAAAAGAGUGGGACUUAUUGCACGAAAGAUAGGAAACUAUCCAUUAUGGUGUAAAGAUGGUAAAAAGGUAUCCACGACUCUGUUACAGGUUGUUGACAAUCAUGUUAUCAAAUAUAUACCUCCGGAAGAAUACAAACCUAUGAUAAAAUCUAAUGUAAAAUGGGUAGAGAAACAAAAGUAUGGCUGUAUAUUAGUUGGUGCUGAAAACAUCGACCCUAGUGUUGUCACCAAAGAUUACUGUGGAAUAUUUGACAGUGUUGGAAUGCUGCCAAAAAGGCACCUCUGCAGAUUUGUUGUAUCACCAGAAUCUGCUUUACCAAAUGGCACUCCAUUAUAUGCGACUCAUUUUAGAGUUGGGGAUUGUAUUGACAUUCGAUCGAAAACUAUGGAUAGAGGUUUUCAAGGAGUGAUGAAGAGGUGGGGUUUUAAGGGUAUGCCUGCUUCUCAUGGAGUCACCAAAACUCAUAGAAGACCUGGUAAUAUUGGUUCUGGUGGUGAAAAAGCACGAGUUUGGCCUGGAACAAAAAUGCCUGGACACAUGGGUAACAGAUGGAGAACACUGCGUGGUGUUAAGAUUCUCCGUAUUGAUACAAAAUAUAAUGUUAUUUGGACAUUGGGUGUUGCAAUACCUGGUGAAACUGGAGCUAUGUGUUAUCUAUUUGAUACUGUGCUUCCAUUAAAAAGAAACAAAACUGCACCACCUUUUCCUACUCAGCCUUUUAUGAACGAUGUACCAAAAGAGUAUUUUGAAGACACCAUUCAUCCUUUUGAUGAACCUACAAUUUCAUAUUAUGAAGAAAUAUAAUAAAUGAAAAUCU